AGGAAGACGAGCGGAUUCCAGGUUGGCGGCGGCCUCGGCUUCGCGUGGGGGAGGGGCGGCAGGUGUUUCUCAUCGGAUCUCGGAAUACCCAGGCCGCUUCCACCAUGGCCAGCCGGGGCCGGGGCCGAGGCCGCGGCCAGUUGACCUUCAACAUGGAGGCCGUGGGCAUUGGGAAGGGGGAUGCUCUGCCCCCACCCACCCUGCAGCCUUCACCACUCUUCCCGCCCCUGGAGUUCCGUCCUGUGCCUCUGCCCUCAGGAGAGGAAGGGGAGUAUGUCCUGGCGCUGAAGCAGGAGCUGCGAGGGGCCAUGAGGCAGCUCCCCUACUUCAUCCGGCCAGCGGUCCCCAAGAGAGAUGUGGAGCGCUACUCAGACAAAUAUCAGAUGUCGGGGCCGAUUGACAGUGCCAUCGACUGGAACCCUGAUUGGCGACGUCUACCCCGGGAGCUAAGGAUCCGAGUGCGGAAGCUACAGAAGGAGCGGACCACCAUUCUACUUCCCAAGAGACCCCCCAAGACCACAGAAGAUAAAGAGGAAACAAUACAGAAACUAGAGACUCUGGAGAAGAAGGAGGAAGAAGUAACUUCAGAGGAAGACGAGGAGAAAGAAGAAGAAGAGAAGGAAGAGGAAGAAGAGGAGGAGUACGAUGAAGAAGAACAUGAAGAGGAAACGGAUUACAUCAUGUCAUAUUUCGACAAUGGAGAGGACUUUGGGGUUGACAGUGAUGACAAUAUGGAUGAGGCUAUCUACUGAAUAGGGACCCUCAACAGCACCCUGGACCUUCGUACCUUUCUGAUGUAGGACACAGAGGCACUGUGCCUAUUACUUGGUUUUGUGGACAAGGAGAUCUUUCGCUCAGUGUCCAGAUAACCCAGUGGUUCUCAACCUGUGGGUCGCGACCCCUUUGGCGGUCCAACGACCCUUUCACAGGGGUCGCCUAAGACCAUCCUGCAUAUCAGAUAUUUACAUGACGAUUCAUCACAGUAGCAACAUUACAGUUAUGAAGUAGCAACGAAAAUAAUUUUAUGGUUGGGUCACAACAGGAGGAACUGUAUUUAAAGGGCCAGAAGGUUGAGAACCACUGAGAUAACCUAUUUGGUCUAUGGAGACGGAAAUGGAGAAUGGCGACAGACAGCUCUUUCCUACCCUUCCCCUGCCUCUGCCCUUGUGUCACUUCUGAGAUCUUGGCGAAAGGGCAGAGGGCCCAUGUCUGCUUGUAUGAAAGGGAGAAAGGAGGGUCGAAAGAAGAACUGAAACUGUUAGACCCGAGACAGCUGUACACACGCCCUUACCCACUUUUUAUAGUUCUUUGUGGGGAUGAUUGGGGGUGGGAGCAGUUAGGAGGAGUAAGGCCAGUUUUAUAUUUUUAAAUAAAAACUUUUUUUUUUUUAA